ACCGCUUAGGUACUUACUUUUUCGCUGGAUAAUUGGUUGUUCGCAGCAUAUACCUACAUUUGUUGCAAUAAAAUUAUUUAAUUAUUGACAAGGCUCAGGCGCUUCCGUACCUAUGUAAAACGACAUUACUGUGGAAUUGUCUAAGUCUCACUUAUUAUGUCUAUGGUGGCCCAUGCCGGUCUACCUAUUUCGCUGUCUGUAUUUUGCGCUACCCGGAACUGUUCAGUGUCCGCCGUUGCCGUCUGUUGCGACGUGGCAGGUGGAUGGUGACUAGAGGUCCGAUGCAGUUUCCCGACGACGUGUUCGAGCCAGAGUCACCAGACGAGGAGCAGGACGUCACCCAGCUCUACAGCAGCUACGAGCAGUACGUCGCCGCGCAGGUCACCCUCGACGACCUCUUCUACCUCGAGGAUCAGGACCUGGCUGAAGUAAUCAUCAAGCUGGGCUAUCGUGGCAGUGGCGGAGUGGUGAUUACUCCCGAACACUUUCAGAAGAAUCAACAACCAACAACAGACGGAAAAACGCACUCUGAAACGUCUUAUUCCUCGCUUAUGGCAACAUCUUCGUCAGGUCACAUCUCCUCGGACCAGAGUUUCAAACGAGGGGCUCGCGGUCUUACCACUCCGACAGCAGUGAGCACACACUCCGAGGAGCGCGGAGGUCUUCCAAAGUCGCCCCGUCGCGUGAAGACUUACACACGCUCGUCGUCGGAGCCGCUGGUCUCUCGUCUGGUCAGGCGAUGGUCCUCUCAGGACACACUGUCGUCUCCUCUGAUAUCAGCAACAAAUAAUUGGCAGGAGAGUCCGUCAGAAACUGCUAAUGAACGCCAUCCCCGACCAGAGAAGGUUCGUGCAAAGGUGCCGAUGAUAAAAGCGAAAUCAAGCUACGAAAUAGUAAAACAAAGCUCUCAGUCAAAAUAUGCAUUUUUGCGUAAAAACCACGGAGGAGGAUUUGUCUUGAUGGACCAGAAUCUUUCGCCGAAGGAAUAUCAAAGACAAUUUCCGCGCCAACGGCGGUUCGGAAACCACAAACAAACAAAAAGCGGUAUGAUGAUGCCUCAGACCGCGAGCAAAGUUGCUACGGCUCAAAUAGAUGCUCAAGACGCAAAUGAGCGACAGGCAUCAAAAAUCCAAACAGGACUCGGAUACAAUUUUCUGGCCCUAAAAUCGCACGGCUACAGACUGUGUUCAUUUGAACACCUUCCUGGAUGUGCUGCUAAGCCAGCUGAAACGCGCAGUGAUCACAGACGGGUUAAUUUCAACAUUCAGUGUCAGGAGCACGAUAAGCACCCGUUUGAAAAUCAGCCAGGCAGCUCUCUGGUGCAGCCAACACCAGUGGGACUUGUAACCCCCGCUGGUUCAUCAGAUUCAGAACAGGGCCGGGUAAAGUCGGCGGUAUACGACGGACGCCUCGAUCACGAAAAAUGUGUCACUGGGCUCGGCACCAGCAUACGAAACCCUCGCCCUGGUGUAACGUGUCCGAGCGGCAGCCGGUCACCCGUGAGCAGUGCCGAUCGCGUCCCCGCUGCUAGCGGCCCCAAUACCACUGAGAGGUGCGGCAGCGGCCGCCAGCGCCGCCACCGGGACAAGUUCGCCGGCUGGGGGCUGUCGGCGGCUCCCGGCGAGGGUCCGACUGCUCCCGAUGAGGAGCUGGCGCGGCUGUGUCUGACGGUGCACAGUCUGCGGCUGCCUGCCGGCGCCGAGCGGACGGGAAGGCUGGCCGGACCGCCGCCGCCGGGCCCCGGCCCCACCCGUCUCACCGUGCCCCGGCCGACCACCGUCACCGGCCACCGUCAGGCUGAGAGGCAGCGGUCGCUGGUGUCUACCUACACCCACACCGCGAGGACCUCGGCCAGCGGAGCGCGGCGGUAG